AUGGGUCGACGCUCAAAUAAAGUGGCGGAACCAUGGAACUCGAAUGAGAGUUUUAGCAUGCUUCAUAGAUCUAAACUCUGCCCCUGCCACUUUCAUGUACACCCUACUGGUCAGGCAUACAAAGUACACAAAUCAUGUGCAGUUCCGUUCAUGGAUUGCUCUCAUCCAGGAGAUGAUAAGAUGGAAGUACUUGAUGUCUUCAAUCUGGUCAUGGGAUCUGCGAUGAUGAGAUGCAACCUGUGCGAUCCAGAGUAA